CCUAAUUUCUUUUGAAAGUUCAACUUUUGUUUCUUACAAAAUAUGGCUCUUUAUUCUCAGAAUAAAAUAUCACGAGGUUUACCUGAUUACGAAAGAGAAGGAAUUAAGCAAGUCCAUUUCAGUCCUUAUGCUGAUAAUGGAGGGAGUGUGAUUGCCCUUGCUGGUGAUGAUUUUUGCAUAAUUGCUGCAGAUAAUCGACUUAGUACAGGGUAUUCUAUUUGUACUCGAGAACAAGAAAAAUUGUUUCCUCUGUCAAAUACUACUGUUUUAGGUUGUUCUGGUUGUUGGUGUGAUACAUUAAGUUUGACUCGAUUAUUAUCUGCUCGCAUGCAGAUGUAUGAGCAUGAACAUCAAAAAAAGAUGUCAACACCAGCUGUAGCACAAAUGCUCUCAGCUAUGUUGUAUUAUAAAAGAUUUUUUCCCUAUUAUGUCAGUAACGUACUUGCUGGAUUAGAUGAGAAUGGAAAAGGAUGUGUCUAUAGUUAUGAUCCGAUAGGACACUGUGAAAGAUCUACAUAUAGAGCCGGUGGAUCUGCUGGUGCACUUUUACAGCCUCUUCUUGAUAAUCAGAUUGGAUAUAAAAAUCAAGAAGGUAUUGAACCUGAAUUACUUACACAAGAAAAGGCUUUAUUAGUGCUGAAAGAUGUUUUCAUAUCUGCUGCGGAAAGAGAUAUUUAUACUGGCGAUGGGAUAAGCAUAAAAAUUAUUACCAAAGACGGUAUAAAAAGUAGCAGUUUCCCAUUGAGAAAGGAUUAAAAUAUUGAAUAUAAUAUAUGAAAUUAUUAUGGUGAUAUAUGAAUAAAGUCUUUGCUUUCAUACAUA